GAAACCGGCUCGAUGCAUCCGGCCAUUUCUAACUCUUUACAACGAAUGAAUUAGCGUGGACAUUACAAUAGACCACGUCACAAUUGCCUGCUGUGCUGUUUGUUUCGUGCGAUCAAAGGACAGAAACAAGGCCGGAUUUAACACGGCGUUCGGACGACACCGACGUCGAAGCCUAAAAAGUUAAACGACGAGUCGAAGCUUCCGAGGUUACUGCGAGUACCCGUGUUCUGUGCCGUCUUGUGCUUGUGCCAGGUAGCCGAACCUCCCGCGAGUCCAUACGCGUUUUCUGUCCAGCGAGGCUGUCCCAUAGCCCGACAGAAAAUAUAAUUAACAACACAACAGCACUACUUACUGGUAGUCUAGUUGUUCGCACAUGCUAUCACCUUCGCAGAUAGUCCGCAAGGGGAAACAGCCACAAUUGCCGACCCGUCGCCCCGUUGCUGGUGCUGUCGUACUAAUCAUCGCAAAGCCCGAGCUGCGACAGAUCGCAAAGGGUGUUAUGUGAUCAGAUCUAUAGAAAUCUUUCCCUGAUCCUGAUCAAAUGACUUGCGGCCCCGACCGACACUCUGCCUUUUUUCCACAAAUCCCUGCUCGCGCGUCUGCCCGGAUAUAAAAGUAUCCCAUCUGCGCCAAUCCUCGCUUGUGCUUCCUUUCGCUCCUCAUCCCGCCGGCCAAGCAUCAUCAAUCAUCAUCUGCUGCUAUUUAGCUACUCAGGUCUCUGAACUCUCAACCUUCGACUCCUACGGCCCGCCCACAUUCCGUCUACCUUACCAACUGCAUGCUGCUGGCUCUUCUGUGCUCUCUCCGUUCAUUGCUUUGAUCUUCUGAGGACGCAUCUAGCAAUGCAUCGCUCACCGCGCAGCGUCUCGUCCUCUCAAUCUCCGACCGAUGUGCACGAUCGCAGACUAGAACGCGAACGCGAGUAUGAGCACGAGCGAGAGCACGCAUUUGAAAGAGAACGCGUCGAGCACGGCCGACGAGCGCUUCCGGAAUCGCAUUCUCCGCCUCCGCCCUCUUCCGCGCGCGGUGUCGGCGGAGGACAGGCGCGCGCCCCGCGGCAAGGGCCUCCAACUGCGCUGCCGUCCAUUCACCAUCUGCAUCCCGAUCUACCGCCUCCCCACGCGCAUCGUCACGCCGUACCAGCACAGCAGUAUAGUCCUUCCGAAUUUCUUCCUGGCGCGUCAUAUGGUCCUUCGUCUGCCUUCUUUGCUGGCAGUCAGCGGUCCCCCGCACUCGCAACUACAACCACAACCUAUCCGCCCCCUCCUGCAUACGAAGAGCGCAAGAUGUCCUUCGACAGACCGCCUGGCGUAAGGUCACUCGCUCAGCCUCCGUCCGCCAUGUAUUCCGAGCAGCACAUCUCACCCCCUGAAGGCGACUCGGAUCAAGAGCAGAAUGACUCUGAACGGGGGCCUCCGAAGAAGAAGCGCAGAAGACAAGCGUUGAGCUGUACCGAAUGUAAACGACGAAAGAUCAAGUGCGAUCGCACGCACCCAUGUGGCCCAUGUUCACGGCGUAGUGAGCCGGACAAAUGCCAGUGGCACGUAAUUGAACCUGUUGAUAAAUACGUGACUCGCUCCGAGUGGGACGACCUGUAUGCAAGAUAUCGGCUGCUCGAGGAGCGCUGCAUACGAUUAGAGAAGCUCGUUGUACAGAUGCACCCCGAGAUUACCGAAAAUUCACCAUAUGAGAUAGUGACUGGCAAUUCCGCUACAAUACACUCUCCAACUGCCCCACGCCCGACUGCUAUUUCGACGCGUGCCUAUGCACUUGCUGGUCCUGGCACAUCUGGAGCUGGCGCAAGCUCAAGUGCGGUAAACCAGCGUGUUACGCCGAGUACUCCACUGUCCGCCCUUCCUGGACCAGGACCUAGCCCUCGCUCAGGCCCAGGAGCAGGUGUCCCCGCACUUCCUGUCGGCUCGAACACAGGCGCGGAAAGCUCUUUGUCGGCACGAUCAGGCUCUGCACCGCCACCGAUGCUCGCGACGCCGCACUCGGCGGGUCCUUCUCAUCCUCCGCCGCAUCCGGAUCGUCGUACGUCCGCAUCGGCUUUGCAUGCCUCGUUUCCUGCGGUCUCUGAACGCACCGUACCCUCUUAUCAGGUCACAUCGUCGGAAACGGCGCCGUUGGCGCGCGUCCGUCCGCUUACCGCGCCGUCGCCUCGUAGUUACUCGUAUCCUCCCCCACCGCCACUUUCGGAGGAGAUACCAGGCUACUUACCAUCUAGGAGUCACGGAAGUUCUUUACGUGGGCGUCCCUCAGCCGCCCCUGAACCGACAAGUGUUUCAAGCUCCAGGAUACAUACAGCUCGAACUAGUGCUCGGCCAUAUCCGUCGCCUCUCUCGUCCGCAGGCGGCGGCCGUCAAAUUUAUUCAGACGACGCAGCUGCAGAAUUGGAAAUGGACAUGCGUUAUGCAAGGCAUUUUGAACGUGAACACAGACACGGGCGUGACAUCUCAUAUGAGCGUCCCGUGCCGGCUCCGCAAAGGCGCAGCCCGGAGUCAAAAAAUGGGGAGGCGCAGACGUUCGAGGCGGGUGACGCUCUGCGCCAACGCUGGUCUGCCUCGCCUGCCCUUGACUCUAGGUCUCCAUUUUUAUCUCGCGAGCCGUUACCACCAGCUCCUGGCCCAGCCCCGUUUACAACCCGUUCGCUGUUGACGCACGCAAAUCCCGUUUAUGCUCACUCGGAUGACUCUACCCCGUCCAGUUCCCGUAUUGGCUCGCCUGAGACGCCUCCGCGUAAGCGAGCGCGCCACGGUAGUCUCUAUCUCAAUAUUCCUUCUGCACCCGGGACUCCGCCGCCUGUUUUGGUCCAUUAAACGAAUGUUAAACGGCACUGUAACGGUCAUUGCUGAUUGUGUCAUCUUUUCUUGGUGUGGUUCACUCAACGGCACAUUGUUUCGUCGCCGCCGCCAAGUGUACCUCGCUUACGGUGUUCUGCUCAACUAACUCUCUCGUCACCCGUCUCAUCCCUCUUCCGGUAUGAUAGGAGGAUGUCGUCGAGACGGCCUGAUGGUUCCUUCGCAACACUGCUUUCGUCGACUUUUUCGUUUCAUCUAUAUGUCUCAAUGGUUUAGGACUUUGCUUUCUUAGUGUCAUUUGUUAUUGCGCAGUUCUUUGCUGUUCCUCCUUCCAUGCUUUGUCACGUAUGGCGAUUGCUUAUUUUUACUACGUGCCACUCUACAUUCUCCUAUCCGGCAUGUGGUGCCGUUCUGUAUACCUCGUGUUUCACGUUUUUCGCCAUGCCAGUGGAGGACCUCUUGCCGAGCAUGUGCUUCCCUUCGUUUGACUCGCUGUGCACCCCUCCUAUUACUAUAUUUACCCUUUGAUAUAAUUCCGUGAUAUCCGCAGACACUCUGUCUCUUCUGGCUCGAACACCCGUUUCAGCACAUACCCUCUUUCUAUUACUCUUACAUCGUGUUUCUCAAAGUCUCACAUGAUACUCAUCACCUGUUCAGUACAUACACACACAGCUCAUCAUGCUACUACUUCUACAUACUUUCUUCGCCUCUUUUACGGCCCAUUUGCUAAAUUUAACGACCCUGCUAUAUUGUCCCUCUAUCAG